CCCGCCUCUCUCUCCCCUUCUCCGCCGCCUCUCCCCGAUCCAGAUCCAACCCAAGCGCCCGUCCUCCGCCGCCGCAGCCACGACGUCACGGCCUGCUCCUCGUGGUGGUCGCGCCGGUGCUCCGCGCCGCGCAGAGCCCCAUCUCGCAGCCGUCGUCGGCCGGCGCGCCCACCGCGUCCCCGCUCCUCCGCCCCGACGUGGACUCUCGCAACCCUCUCUCUCCAACCCUAACCCUCUCCCUCCCUCAGAUCUCAAUACGCCGCCGCCCCUAUCCCUACCCCCGCGUAGCCCAAUCCAAUCCGCCGCCGUCCUCUACCCAGAUCCCUCCCCGCUCCGGCGAGCCCGCCAUGAACCGUCUGCGGGCGGCAGCGCAGCGGGAGCAGCACGGGCUUCACCUCCCCGGGCCAUGUCUCCCCCUUCCACCAUCGCUCCUCCUCCACCUCCUUCACGGCCUCCCUCCCGGGCACCGCCCGAGCAGCCUCGACAGGGACGACCUGGAUCCGGACCCGGCCGCGGCCACCACGGAGGCUCUCGCCAAGGUCGACCUCUCCGACGAUCCGGACGCCACCGCCACCGCCACCGCCAAGUCCGCGGCUCCAGCAAGCCCCGUCAGGCAGCCAGAGGCGGCGGCUGCGACGUGGGUGAUCGCAAUCAACAAGGAGUUCCCGGGCCCCGUCGUCAACGUCACCACAAACUACAAUGUCGCCGUCAACGUCCUCAACAGCCUCGACGAGCCGCUCCUCAUCACCUGGGACGGCAUCCAGCAGCGGAAGAACUGCUGGCAGGACGGCGUGCUGGGCACCAACUGCCCCAUCCCGCCCGGAUGGAACUGGACCUACAACUUCCAGGUCAUGGACGACGCGUGCAAGUCGCUCGACUAUCCAGAAGACCAGACCUGUGCUUUCAGUUCAGUUUCGUCAGAUAUAUCUGCUGCCAUGCUCUUCUAUUUGUAUUCAGUUUGGUCAGGCUUGUGGUUCCUGGACGGCCUUGGCUAUCCUAUCUAUCUCAGCUUCAUCAGUUAGGGGCAAUCAAUGUAGUAGUAGUGUAACGUUGAUUUGCAUCUUAUCUUAUCUGUGGGAAAAUUGAUCGAAUCGAAUUGCAGGAGCUAUCUUAAUUAGCUUCAUCUGUUCGGAUCAUGUGUCAAUCAUAUUAGCUGUGAUGCCAUUUUUAUGUUCGUAUUA